GGCGGCCCUUCUAGCCGGGGCCGCGCAGGGCGACUCUAUGGUGCGGCGCCGCCCCGCUGGGUGAGGGCUGCGGGAGCCCCGCCGCCGGGCCCUGCCUCCCGCGCCCUGCCUCCCGCCGCCGGGCCCCGCGCCCCGGCCUGCUCCCGCCGCAGGCUCGGCCUCAUCCCCGCCCUGCGAGGGGGGACUCACGGGGGGCGGCAGCGAUGAGCGUGGCGGAGCGGCCUGAAGAGGAGGCGGCGGCCUCGCUGGGUCCCAAUGACGCAUCUCCAGACGAAGGAGUAGUAGAAGAUCUGCCUUUAAUAGAUGAGAAAGCAGUGGAGCAGCUCACUGAGGGACUCGUUUCUUAUUACCUGCCUGACCUUCAGCAAUCAAAAUCAGCACUACAGGAACUUACACAGAACCAAGUAGUAUUACUAGAAACAUUAGAACAAGAAAUUUCAAAAUUCAAAGAAUGUAACUGGAUUCUUGACAUCAAUGCUUUGUUUUCAGAAGCUAAACACUAUCACAACAAAUUAGUGAAUAUUAGAAAUGAAAUGAUGAUGCUCCAUGAGAAGACGUCAAAGUUAAAAAAAAGAGCACUCAAGCUGCAGCAAAAGAGGCAGAAGGAAGAACUAGAACGAGAACAGCAACGUGAGAAGGAACUUGAAAGAGAGAAGCAGUUAACAGCAAAACCUGCCAGGAGGAUGUGAAAGCAGAGCGUGCAGCACCUUGUCCAAAUUAAUCAUUUCUGCAUUCUCUGGAAUUAAGACAGACUUUGCUUAAACUGGGCUAUAGCUGUUACUAGCAACACUCUAUGAUGUUGUAAAUUCCAGAACAGUAAUAGUAGAGGUGGUAACAAUUUUUUUUCAAGUUGCCUUCUUUUGUAAUGCUAUGCAAUUUGAUAUUAUUAUAAUGUAAGCCAAUUUUUUUAAUAUAUGUAUAUAGGAGAACUUAGGCGUCACAGUUUUAAAUGCCUAACCAUGUUUUUUUCAUCUAGUCUUCUGGUGUUCAGAAUUCUGAGGUAUUUGGUGUCCGGCAUACAUGUUUUUCAGAGAAAAUAAAGAAUACUAUUUAAAAGUCA